CUGCGCCCUCUGCGGGGGCCCAGGAAUGUGCAACUGCAGUCGGUCUUUUUGCUGGUUUGCAGUUUGCUCGCCUGGUUUGCCCCUUCGCUCGGAGCUCGUCAUUUGCGAGUCGAGCUUAUCUGUCCGCGCCAUGCCCUGCCAUCGCACCCGCGAUGAUGUCGGUGUGCCUGUCUCCUCCCGGCAUGAAGCACGGUGCAAAAAGCAAAGGAGCAUAAGCCAAAAUAUCUGGCCUGCUCAGCUGCUGCUGACCCAUUAUAACCUGCACGGUCCCCGGCCAUACAUGUCUCUUGGCCGCUCCGCUCGCUGUCAUGUCGUCUUCCUCGACAUACCCCCCGGGCAUCAGGUCCCCGCUGGCCACGGACAACGAGAACAACCACAGCGGAUUAAUCGUCGUCAUUACCUCGUUCUAUCUAGUGCUUACUCUGUUCUCGAUUUCGGCGCGGCUAUUUACCCUGCAUCGCAAGCGGCUCGUGCAACUGGAUGACUUCGUGUUCGCCUUCCUCGUGAUCAUAUCGUUCUGUCAGCUCUCGGUCGUUCUGCGCCAGGUUCACUAUGGCUGGGGAACGAGAGGUGGACCUUCUACACUGGAAACUAGAGAAUCAAUGCUGAAAACGGGCUAUGCCGCUGAUAUUCUCUCCAUCGUUGCCCUCGGGUCAUCCAAGAUAGCAACCUGUCUGUUCUACGAAGCCCUCUUCUCCCAGCUCCAGCGCCGCAUCAUCCGAACUGUUCUUACAGCAGUCAUUGUCUGGACACUCAUGUCCAUCUUCCUCGUCGCAAUUCGCUGCAGCAGUCACCCAUGGCGAGACAUUACCGAUCAAUGCAGUAGUCUGUACCCCCGCUGGCAAGCAAUCACCGGCCUCGACAUUACCACCGAGGUCCUGCUCGUCGCAUACUCCGGCUGGGCAAUCCACAACGUCCGCAUCCCCCUGCGCAAGCAAAUCAUGGUCUUCCUCGCGCUGGGCUGUCGCAUCGUACUAGUCCCCCUCUCCGCGCUACGCCUGCACUACACAAAAUCCCAACUCACCUCCUCAACCCCCAUCCUCUCCGGCGCCUACACCACAACAACAACAGAGAUAUACCUCUCCCUCAGCAUCGUAUGCCUAGUCACCUCGUCAAUGAAAUUCAUAAUCGCCGUAUACGAAGACCAAGACGGGAUCUCCUACACGGACGGGUCCGCAAAGUGGACGUGGAAAUCAAAAGAACCGGUCUCGACGGACUCGUCGAAUCCGAAGAGUCCCAGUUAUAGUCUGGGCGCUGGGGAUCGUGCGAGGCUUGUUAAGGAUUCGGCUGGGGAUCCUGGGUCUUCCUCUGGAGGGUUGAAGAUACUGAGAUCUGUGCAGUGGAGUGUGGAGGAUGAGGCGAUUGAGCUGGAUGAGAGGAGGGCUGGGGCGCCUGCGAGGCCGUUUUAUGAGCAGUUAAGGUAUUAAUUUUUUUUAUUUACUUAAUUGAUGUGGGAUUGGGUGGUUAGACUACUUUUAUUUAAUAUUGUUCAGUAUGAAUAGGACUGUUAUCUGUGGAAGUGUUGUCCAGGGGUGUAUUAGCACUGUGAUAUAUAUUUCUCUGAGACAGGGCGCCGUUACCACAGCACACCCACGAGCUCCAUUUAUUAUUAUCAAAUUUCCCCCCUCAAUGCAAUGCAAGAGUUACA